UCUAUCGCUAAAGACGUAAACUGAAGAAUGCACCGUGAAUAAUCAGAAGUUUUCCUUGCUUCAUUCAGUGUUAUUUCGGCGGCCUAGCUUUAAAUCAGUGUGAGGUGCUAAUCAUGAGCGAGAAGAAACUAGGAUACAUCCCUAACUAUGCUCGUUUCGUUAUGGGAGGAUCGGCAGGGUAAGUGUUUCAUCUUCGUACAUCUUAUACCUACAAGUCUUUCUUGGAGGUCUGAAUGACCUUUGCUCGUCUGCCAUUGUUGCAUGCGUGUUCUAUUUUAUUUUAUUAUAUUCUACGGGUGAUGAUUAUACUUCAAGAAUACCACAUUUAAGUCGAUGUCGUUCACGUAAUGCUCGCAGGUACUCUGAAGUCCAGCGACGCCACAUUGUGUCUUUGGUUUUCAACGGGAAUUUGGCUCUCUUUCUCAGGUCUCUUUCGUUCACGUGAUAGGGCGCGAGUUCUGGUAGUAUGUUGGAAUUGGUGAAGAGGAAUGAGUUUUGCAUGAGUGUAGGAAGCUGAACAUCCUCUUCCAAAUAGCUCAGGAGUCGGUUGUUUAGGGUCACUUCAAUGUCAAGAAGAACUUCGGUUAGUUCUUCCCAGGUGAGUAAACCUUGUCCUACAGUUUUGUAAAACGCGGCUUUCAUCAGGCCAAUAAGACGUUCAAAUUGUCCGCCCCACCAUGGGGCGCGGCUUAGGUUGAACUGCCAGAUUAUGGACUGUUGGCUGAGGAAAUCAUUGAAAAUCUCGUCCUUGUGCACCUUUUCUAACUACUUGGCUGCUGCUACAAACCUUCCCAUUGUCGGAGUACACCUUUGACGGUCGUCCUUGUCUUGCAAUGAGUCACUUCAGGCUCUGGAUGUACUCCUUUGUCUCCAGGCUUGAUGACAGCUCUAAAAAUACUCCACGGAUCAGGCUGCAGCUGUAGAGUACUACAUAUAGGCUUUUUGCCUCUAUUUGGUUUCUGCAAAUACUUCACUGGCCCAGCAAAGUCCACUUUAAUACAUUAAAUGGCGUGUUGCCUUCUGUCCUCUCUCUCAGUAAAGGUCUUGGCGGCGGACUUUGGGCUGGAAUGGCUCUGAAUCAUUUACAUCCCCAACAGCUCUUAUUAAUGCUUUUCACUAACUUUCGGAGGCGAGGCACCCAGAACCUUUCCCGCACUUUAGCCAUGGUAAGUCCGGCUCCUCUGUGUAAGGUGACAACAUGAGCACGUUGGACUGCUUUAACAGUGUAGAGUGCAGAGUCCGGAAGGUACACAGGGUAGUCACCUUGAAUACAACCGCCACACUCUAGCACUCCUUCAACAUUAGGCUUUAGGUUUAGUUGCUCCUUAUCAUCUGAAAACUUGGCAUCAUUUGUCCUUUGGCGUUGUGACCUCUUGAUCCAAAAUAGCUCUUGGGCAGAGAUGUCUUGAGUACAUAAAGGGCCUACGGUCUUCUUGGAAGGGUGAAUCGCAAGUCAAAGUCGUGAUUGACUUCGACAGUGCCCGCAAAAAGCUCUCGUUGAACCUUCCUCUCUGCUUGACUCUCUUGAGUGGUGUGUGUGACAAUGUCUGUUGGCCAGUUCUUCGGAUCAGCUAACCAUGCAGGUCCCCUCCACCAUAGCUCUGCUUUGGUCACACUUCCUCCACGGCUUCUGAGGUCAGCAGGGUUUUCAGAUGUAGGUACAUAGCGCCACAUGAGAUUGGUAUGGCCCUGUAUUUUUUGGACACAGUUUGCUGUCAGCUGACGGUAUUCUCCAUUAUCGCUAAGCCAAUGAAGGGCCACUGUACUAACCAACCAACACUGGAUGUUGGUUGCUAGAGGGAAACUUUGUAACGUGUUACACGCGUUCACAGCUAAGUUAGCGGCCAUGUGACCAGACACCAGCUCCAGACGAGGGAUUGUGAGUUCUUGUUUGGCGAGGCGUGACUUAGCAGUUACUAAGCCCUGCGUUACUCCAGAAUCUUGCGUGACGACAGCAGAAACAGCAGGGCUAACUCCAUAACCACUGGCGUCACUGAAGGCAUGCAGCUGUACUUCUUAGAUCAGCUCUCGAAAGGUUGCUAAACUUAGCUGCAUGCACAGAAAGGUAAGUAAUUAUUUCUCCCAUGCUAUCCACUGUCUGGUGAUAACUUCCGGUAGUGGCGUGUCCCAUGUAAUCUUCUGGUUGCAAGUUUCUCUGUAGAUUCGUUUCCCAUCUAGCAUCAUGGGAGAUACGAGUCCUAGUGGAUCGUAUACUUUAGCCAGGUUAGGUAGAAUUCCUUGUUUGGUCAACUUGGCUGGAAAAUUUGAAAAGUUUACUCCUAAGGUGUCUUCACUUUUGUCCCAGGGAACUCCGAGGAGCUUGCCUUUAAUUUGCAGGUGUGAAUGUGCUGCCAAGUUGCUGUUUGGCAAAGGUAGGCUGGUAGUUCUCACAGUUAGUUUCAAGUUCUGGUUCAUUGGCGUGUCAUUUGUUCAACUCGAACUUAGCAUCAACAAAAAUCUCUGUGGCUUUGCAUUUCAACUGCUUUGCUGCUGGUAUCGUAGGCGCACCAGUAAUAAGGUCAUUGACGUAAAGACUCUUUAACGCCUCGCUAACGCUCUCUGGAAGUCGAGAUUUCCAGGUCUCUAAAUGCUGCUGGAUUACACCACCCAACAGGAAAGGUGAAGGGGCUAAACCAAACAGCACCCUGGUAAAACGUAGUGUCUCUACUUUCUUGUAAUGCUUGUCGACAAUCCAGUGGAACCGUAACGCAUCUCUUUCGGUCUCACGGAUUCGCACCUGGAGGAAAGCCUUGCGUAAGUCACCAUCCACUACUACGGCAUGAAAACGAUUUCGGAUAAGUACAUUCCACAGCUGAUUCUGUAGUGGAGGUCCGGCAUGUAAACACUCGUUAAGGGAAGGGGCGUUGCUGUGUGCACGGGCGGAGGCAUCAUGCACUAUUGGAAGUUAGGUCGUUUCAGCUUCUUCUCUCACGAGUGUGCGUUGUGGCAGGUAGAACCUCCUUUCCACUUUUUCAGGCGCUUUCGUGACGGCUUCAUGUUCUAGCUGCUCACUGAUGACAGCAACAUACUCUGAUAGCAUGUCUGUUUGGUGCAACUUGCAUACUAGCGUAUUUAGGCGGUGAAUACUUCCUUCGUAGUUGUUAGGGAGAGGCAGAUGAUUUCCUUUCCAGGGUAAUGCGGUUUCGUACCAUCCUUCGGGAGAACGCGAUAACUGUUCCUUAAAGGGGCUGUGUCAUGGCAGUCCAGUUCAUUUUAUUUAAUUUUGCCAAUUUCUCGCCCUCAAUCACUAUGGAACUUAAAGUAAGCAAAGAAAUUACAUGUAAAUGACAAAAUCAGAGACCUGAGACAAACAAUAUGUCUCCUGAGCAUUAUUCUUGAAGUUGCAAGCAGCAGGGGUCAACUUUGAAAAACUCUUAGACUGAACAGUUUUCAAAAAAUCCUAAUUUCAAUCCCUUUCAAUCUUCUUCAGUUUUGCCCAUCUGUGACAUCUGUUGUUUCUGUUAUGCUAUUUUAACCUUCCUUUAAAGUUUUGAUAGACCAAGGACGUCUAGCACGCAUAAGCGCUCGUAAUCUGCAGUUGAGUUGACGGCAAGGUACACUGAUGAAAGAUCUGUCUCAGCUCCAGGUGACAUCAGCACCCAACCAAAUCUCAUGAAUUUGGCUACAGGAUCUCUGCGGCGGCCAACACGCAAUCGUUCCCGGCUGCAAAUUUUGGCGAAAUUAUUGGCUCCCAAAAUAAGGUGGACUGGUAGCUGAGACUUUCUGUCAUCGUCAUCCAUGUGUACUUGUCUCAGGUGUGAGUGUUCGGCAAGAACUUUCUCGUAGCAGGGAUUUUCCAAUAGAAGCAAUUCUCGCUUAUCGAUUUUGGUUACGCUAACAUCGAGUUGAAAGUUAUCUGUCACGGCAUGCAUUGUCACAUUAAAUUCUUACAGUGUUUUGGUGGUUACACCCAUAAGCAUUGCGAUUUGACGUAAACUAGCUGCAUUUGGCCGAGCUUUAACCAAUUUCACAAAGGUUGAGGAGCAAUAGGAGUGACUUGCACCACUGUCCAGAAGUGCUCGAAAUUUGUAUUCCUCAACCCUCACUACAACAACUGGAUGAAUGACAGCCGAUUCUCCAACGUGGUUUGUGGUCAUGCCUGGUUGCAUGCCGGCAGUAACAUUUGCAGUUUUUCACAGAUUGAUGUGUGAUGUUUUCCUUUGCAAGUGUGACGAGAUGUUUGGCUCUUGCAUAGUGCUGCUCUGUGUGGGCCCGUACAUUAUUGAAGCAUAGACGUUUAGAAGCGAGGUUUGAUUUUCGUUGACUCACGUCAGUAACCUUGGUGCAAUUUACGGCUCUGUGUUCCGUGCUUGUACAAUAUACACACCCGCGUGGCGUAUGCAUUCUUUCCUCUCGGUUGAAAAAUGCCUUCUGUUUACAACCACCUUGUAAAGGGUUAUUAAUCGUCCAUUUCUCUAACGUUUCCAGAAACUCCUUGAAGGUCCAAUUCUCGCCAGUUCCCGUCGAUUAAGACGAGCUCACUUUUUAUCACCUCAAGCUUGUUGAGGGUGAAUCUUGCGGCCGCGUCAAGCUCAUUUAGUUUCUUGAGUGUUAGUAAUGACUCCACAUUAAACAGCAGCUUCUCGUAAAAAUCGUGUAUCUUUGCCACAUCUCAUUCUUGAAUUGUCGGCAGCUCGAGAAUGUUCCUCACAUACGCUCCUACAACUUCGCUAGUUUGGCCAUAUCUUUUCUCGAGUAGAGCUUUGGCUUUGAGGUAACCCUCUUCGGUGAAAGGUGAUCCAUCGAUAAGUUUUCAUACUUUCACAUCGACCAAUUCUUUUAGGUAAGAACAUUUUGUGGUGGCUGGUUCACUGGUACCGUCAAUUUGGGAAGAAAAUUGACCCAAAAAUCUGAACUUGGAAAUGACCAACUUAGGCAUUUUUGCAAUCCUCACGGCUGACGCUCCUCCUGAUAUACUUGCGCUCAUGUUUUCCUUCAGUGAACUGAUAUGUUUUUGGUGUUCCAGUUCAAGUUUCAUCUUCUGCUUUUGAAACUCCAACUGUUUGGCCUGUGCCUUUGCUGCUGCUGCAUGCUCUUGGUUAAGCUUUUGUUCCAUGAGCAUUUUCUCAUACUGCAUGGCUUUGAUAUGGGCUUCUAAGGCUUUGGCAUCUUGUGCAGCAGCAAUCAUGCUCUUCAGGUGUUUUGCGAUCUUUCGCGUUCAUUCAUCAUCUGCUUCAGCUAGCAAUUCUUCGGCUUUUGCGCCCCAUACGGAAACCUCUUCCUCUGAUUCUCCUUUCCUAAAUUUCUUUUCCUCAAUACUCUCCUUUUGUGUGCUUACUGCUUCUGUGAUAUUAGCGAUUGAGGCUUGGUGCCUCUCUAAGGCUUCUUUUUCAUCCUUGGCGAUAAUUUCAUCGGUCUUAUUUGUUCGAAAACUCAAGGCUUUGAGUUUUCCAUUCAGUUCACUGAUCAUCUUUUCCAUCUUGAAGUUAGUCGGUAUCACUCACGGUCCAUUUGUUGGAGGUGCCAGGUUUUGGAAAUGGAAAAGCACACGAUAUUCUUGGUUUCUAAUUUAUUGGUUGGUUACACGACAUAAAAAUCUCUCUCACUAAAGUAAAAUUUGUCCUUUAAAGAUAUAUAAUACUGCACAUACAUUGUUUCACUUAUCUAUCAGAAAACAUGUCAAUAUGCCCUAUACCGGAAUGUUUCAAUUAUGUCAUGAGAUUCGGCUCUUCUCAGCUUGCGUUAACUACAACUUGCAUGUCUCACUAAUAGAGCUCUAGACAGGUUCAAUAGCACUAAUUGAAAAUGCAAUAAUAAUCAAAUAUUACUGACAACAGUUUCCGAGAACCUGUCCAUGAUCUUGUACUUGUGAUCCCCCAUCCACCCCUUAUAAAAGUUGCUAGUGAUACAAGACCAUGCUCAAAACUUGGAUGAACUUGGAGGGGGGGUGGUGGAAAAAAUCUUGUAUAAGGCCAUGUUUAUGAGUGUUUUUUGCCGGUUAGCUGCAAAUUCCAUACAAAAACACAUGAAAAGGGGAGGUAUCCCAAAGCCUUUACAUUCCAGAGGUAACGUAUCUAGUUUUCCUUGAAAUAUCAAUCAAAUGCUAUAGUAUUCAGGGUUUGCAAUUUUAUUUUAGAGAUAACAUAACUGUUAUGUUAUAUUUUCUAGCAUGGGUGCAACUGUGUUUGUGCAGCCUCUUGAUCUGGUCAAAAACAGGAUGCAGAUGAGUGGUGGGUAUAAUUUUUAUGUGUUAUAAAGUAGAACAUGAAGGAUACGUAUUAGUACUGGUGGAAAGGUUGCAUAUAAAUGGUAACAUCACAAGAUUUCAUCUGCAGACUCAAGAGUGAAAACCUAUUUAUGCAGUGUAAGAGACCUCUCAAGUCUCACGGUUUUGAGGACAAUCUUACGGUCUCAUGAUGAGGCACAAAAAUCUCACAGUAAACAGAUUCACAAGCUGAUGGAAUACACCUCUAGAAUAUUUUCAUUUUUGGCUUGUAAAAUUGAUUUUCAGGCAUCAAUUCUGUAGAAAUCCACAGUUCUAAGGCAUAUUUGUCAUAAUUGUUAAUUGAUUGUCUUGUUGACAAAUUAUGGACCUCAAAACCAUAUUUGGAAAACAAAUGCCAAAUGAGGUUAUUGUUACCAGUUUGUUGCAGAAUUCCUUCAUUUUUUUCUUUGACAUAAUUAGUCCAUUCCAUUAACAAAAGUCGAAUUUGUUUGGCUCAUAGUGCUUUUUUAAAAAAAUUUGAGUGGCGAUUCGCCUGGACAGUCCAAAGCUGUCAUGAUCGUCUUUUUGAAGGUCAAAUUUAAGCGUUUUGUUCAAGGCUCGCAAAACUUUAUUCAAAAAAGGCAAAAUAUUUAAAUUCUGACUUAAAAAAAAGGAAUCAUGAUGUUUUGAAAAUACCACGCAAAGCGUCCUUGAAAAAAAUGCGCGGUUAUCGUAGUUUUGAAAUGAGCUUUUUUCAAAAGUCUGACGUUAUCUGGAGUCUUGGUCACUACCCCUGGUCAGUACUUGGGCUCGUGUAUUGAAAUCAAGAAAAACAUUAAUUUUUUGGGCACUGUUGAUUCCAAAGCACAAGAGUUCGAUAAAGCUGGGUAAUAUUUUACUGUAAUUGAUCGUAUAACCUAAUUUUCACAUUUUGGUGAUUCCAAACUCUCCCACUGAAAAUCAAACCAAGAGAGCAAAUUAUAAGUUAAAAAGUAGCUUUUAUUGUUCGAGAUAAACUGUGAAUAACUAACAACCAAAUGGUACACGAAAAUAGAAAUUGUGAAGUUUAAUUGCCGAAAUUAUGGAUUCCAGCGUAAGUUGUCAUCUAAGUUUACUUCCUAAAAGCUGUUUACAAAAUUUCAUUCAACUGAAUUGCUCGUAGGUUUUCAUGAUCAACAAAGAAAGAAAAAGCUUUUCGUUCAGGUAAAGCAUAUAAGUAUUUGACGAAAGUGAGUUCUGUUUAAAAGCAUUACACGUGUUAAUUUCCCGUCACACUGGCUACGCGUGAAUGUCAGUUUUUUUUAGCUUGUCACGCGUAUGUACUUUUUUAAUACAGUUGACAAAAAGCAUAAAACGUUUUUUCAAGUUUUUGAAAAGUAACUGUUUCCACAAUUUUUUUGAAUUCGAGGUUGAAAAACCCUGUUGGUUACUAUAAUAGUGGUUUGUGCCUAAAUGCGGUUGGUUCACAGCCUUCAAGAAAUUCGGAUAGGUUUGCUACAAGAUUUUUUUUCUAUCGCGAGAACUAAAAUGAAUUUCAAAGUAUUUCAACAUGUCCUUGAGCAUGGCAACACUAAAUGUUUCAAGUUUCUUCUCGUGUGAAAGGUCACGUAAACAGUAUGAAUCAUAGCAGAUAGGAUGCUUAGGACCAAGGUGGGUGGCCACCUCUUCCAGGACGGUUCAUCUCUCUUGCUCUUCCUGUUCCACCUGUACGUCUCCAUUGAGCGCUUCUCGAUGUGCUUUGCUUCUUCGCGAGGCCGCAAGCCUAAAAAAAAAUCCCGUACUUGACCCUUUGUGAGCCAAUGUUUCCUUUCAAACAUCCGAGAACUAUCUGGGUUUCUUGCAGUUCACAUAUCUGGUGCCACUUUUGCGGGAUCUGUCUUGAUGCCAGUUCUUUCUCUAAGGUCAAAUUUCGUUGUUAGGUACUCUUUAACCUCGGUAGGAAAAUGCACAGCUUCGUUUCGGGGCUUGUGUACAGCCCAUCCAGUCUGCAAGUCACAGUCUGCAAGUCACUGCAUUGGGGAGAGCGGCCAGUUUCAUUCUUUUCAUGACGCUCCUCUCCAACUGCUACAGGCACGCUUCCGAUUUCUUCGUCCUUAUCAACAGUAUGAAAUUUCUCCUCCCAGUCUCUUCUGAGCUUGUCAUACACCGUAUCAGAGUGUCGUUGAACUUGGCUGUGCUCAUCAGCAUCAAGGUUAUUUUCCAGUUUACUGAAUUUCUUGAAAACCAUGUCGUACCCGGGCUCAGAACAAGAGAAACGACCAUUGCAUUGUUUGUUUUCACUGUUUGUCUCUCUCUUAUAUACUCGAGCUUCUAUGAGUGGAAAGAAGUUCUCAUGCACAAUGAGGUCAGUAGGACCUUGAGGUUCAGUUAUGACUUCUCGGUAAGGAAUAAACCUGCCCAGUCCAACACCAUAAGCUCUCCAUGCUCUAAUUCCUUCCACUUCAAACUUGAAAUUGUAAUACUUGCUGAAACCUUCUAUCUUAUGUACUUCGAGUGUCUUUUGAGUCUCGCUUAUUGCGCACACGGUGGCAGGUGUACUUUGAACAGGGCAUUCUGAGAGUGCUACACGCAUGUCUCUGGCAGAAACGACACCGUGUCCCUCAUUGCAAUAUCGUCGGAUUGAUGAUUUCAUUGGACAAAGGAUUCUAUCACAUAUCUUUUCCAUACUGCGGCUGGAAAAGUCAUACCGUGCUACUUCAAUGCCUACUCGUCUUCUGGCAUCUCUAACGACAGCUAAGAGAAAGUUAUUGUGGUAACAGCCUGCUUCAUCACUCCUUAGGUUCACUUGGGUAAUCUGGGGAUGUUCUUUCUGUACAACCUCAAGCGUGUUUUUGAUGAUCGAGCAUACUGCGUACCAGUCUUGUUGGCAAGAGUCGAGGAUAUGAGCGUACGAUUUCAGCUCAAUUUUUCCAGAGUCAACGUUCUUAGUUAUAAGGGUGGAAAUAUGCCAGCUCAGCCCCGGUUUGCAAAACCAUUCAGACUGUUUCUCGCAAAAUUUUAUUUGGAGGAACUUCAUAGCCCAGUCCAUGAUCAGAAUGGCUGACUGUGGGUCUUCUGAUUUUAGUACAUCUUGUUUUGCCUCCUCCUGAUUUAUUGAGCGCACAAUGUGUGCUUUCCACAACAAGAUGUCUGACUGUGCACGGUCAAAGUCAUAAAGGACAUCUUCUCUUUGUUUGCAACUGUAAGGCUUCCACGAUGACCCUUCAGUCGCUAGUCUCACUUCCUUUAGAACAUCCUUCAGCCCUUGGCAUUGCUCGCAAGUCGAUUGAUGCUGAUGCGGACAAGAAUGCUGGAGCUCGGGAUCAACAGGAUCACUAAGCGCAAACUUUCUACAGUGGUCAGCACAAGUAGAGUAAUACUGUUGACAGUGCACACAGUAGUCAGUUUUGAGAUAGCGUUUAGCAUCGCAUAGGUUUUGGCAAAUACGUAGACACCACUGUUUUUCCAUUCCUCCUUUCUCAAGAGUUUUAACCAGCGUCUCGAUACUCUGAAAGCCAGCAGCACUAUCUGCAGCCCUAUUGUCUAAGCCCUGGAGCGAUACACACUGAGACGCUUCUCGAACCUCCAAUAUUUUAAACAGUGAAGACCUACUAAGUGGCUCGUGACAUUGCUCUUUGCAAUACUCCAAGUAUUGCUCAAUCAUUGUAGACCUGGUCAGGAUCCUUACUACGUUAGGCAUCUCAAUUCUGUCACCAUUAUCUAGGGUGAGUACCUUGUUACCAUAUGAAACAUCCUGAUAAAUGUACGGUCUGUUAAUGAACUCUACAAAGUGGUCGACCUUCCACAUAUCAAAGCGUACACGAUGCUUCGUCUUGAUUUCAGGGAUGGUCCCAGGGCCGUGCAUUUUAGCAUGAGAACGUGCUUGCUUUAUUUCCCAUGUAGAGAGACUUUCUUAAAGUUGGUGAAUUUUCUUCAGUUUGGUCAUAGGGUAUCUAUGAGCGUAAAGGCUCAGAAUUUGUUUCUUUAAAUUCCAGGUCUUUGCGUUCUUAUAAGCAGUCAUGAGUACCACAAGAUCAUCGGGGGCUGAGCCAUCAAAUAAUUCUCUUUGUACAGACAUCAUUGACUCGAAGAGCUCCUCUCGUUACCUGGGGCUCAUGUUCUACUUGUUCUUGUAUAAUAAGACUCGCAAUUGUAUCCAUUGCCUCGUUAUACCUGCUGACUGCAUCGGUUACCACGGGUGUAGUAAAAGAGGCCUCCUCUGACCCUGGAAUCCAGCAUGGUGUUGUGGGAUUCCAGGAAGCUAGUGUUGAUUGGUCUUCAAGAAAUGGAGUCAAAGUGACCAUGGAACCGAUGGCUCCCACGGCAGCCUCUUUAGCAGGUCUGCAGAGAAUAGAAAUGGAAAGGCUGCCACUUAGUUGCCUUGCGAUAGGAUAACCUGACAGAGCAACCGUGUAUGUAUUUUUUAUAAAACAACAACCAAACGACUACCCUCCUGAAAGUACCUUUGAAGGAGCACAUCUCCCUCAGUUUCCUCGGGGUAUAGCCAGUCUGAUUUCCGAUCUAAUUCUUCACUGUGUUUCUUUCUGCGCGUUGUGCAAGUAGCUAGUAACAAAAAGAAACAAAAAAUAGUUUUGCAACCUGGAAAGACUUGUUAAAAAAUACUAGAUUUACUACUAAGUUGAUAAAAGAAGCUAUAUCUUUUCAGUAAAAUCCAGCUAGUGGUCUAUUAUCAAUGCUGCGUUCUGAUUGGCUGAGCUACUACCAGGCUAUAUUUUAUAGCUCACUAGUAGUGAAAAGCACGGGCUUUUUGGUGGCAAAAAAGCAUUAAAGUCUAGCUUUAACUCACUAAAAUUUCUUUAUUCUUGAUAAUUUUUUAGCAACUAGUUGGAUUUUACUAAAACAAUUAUUCCUCUCACCCUCAUGGCCUCUGAGUUAUAGCCCAUUCAGCCUUCGGCCUCAUGGGCUAUUGACUGAGAGCACAUUUGAGCUUGAGGAAUAAUUGUUAAAUAUUCCAUCUUGGAAUUAUAUUAUAUAGGCUAUAAAUCAGCGCCCAGCUUUAUGGAUGACGCACAGCGAAGAACUAUUGCUAAUGAACUACAAAAACCAAAUUAUGAUCAUUUGAUUUGCUAUUUGUUUGGAAAAGUUUUUCUGGCUGCAAAUACUAUCAAAUACGGGAUCCAUCGUUUAUCAUUCAUGAUAUAUACUGAAUGGGACUUCCCCUCAGUCCAUAGCUCACUUUUAAGUAAUUAGAUCAUGAAUGAAUAUAUUUAGUUGAAAUGUUAAGGAAGACAAAACCUUUUAAUUCUGAUAUGUUAAUUAUAAAAUGAACGAAUAGAACAGUUAUAGUUGCUAGUCUGAUAGUACUUACGCGAGCCAGCGGGAAGGGCUUCUCCAAAGAUAUUUUUUAUUUCCCUUGCAGUUUUGAAAUUAAUAACAUGUGUUCUGGCUAUUGCCAUUUUCUUCCUGUGAUGUUUUGGAUACUGGCAGGUCUUUGGUGCUUGCCAGUAUUUUCCCAAAGUAUAGUGAUGGACUGGACAAACUGUCAUAUUCUUGAUCUGAUCAUCAGUGAGUUCUAACAGACCUGCCCCUGCCAGUACCAGAUCCAUUUCACAAACAUUUUCCCUCGGCAGUGAUUCAUUAGGUGUAAACUGAUGUCAGCAUUGCAACUGUUCAGGCACGCAAAAUCUACACAUCCUGGAUUACUUCCCCAUUUUCCGCCUGUUACUGCAGAAAAAAACAAAAUGCAGCCAUUCUAUCUGCAAAGGUUAUCCCGGCACAAUGUAAAUACAGUCUAGGUUUUGUGUUGCAAAUUUGCAUACAAAAUUAAAUUAAGUGAACGGCGCCAGAAAAAUUAACUUAAAUUAAAUUAAAAACUUGAAGAAAUAGUAAACCAGCAACACAUUUUUAUUCUUAAAAGUAGCCAGUUUUUUUGUACUUUGUUUAUUUUACCUCGUUAAGCCUGAUAAGUAGUUUCAGCUUCGAUAAAAUAACAUCCAACGUGUUUUGCACUACAAACUGAAGUCUGAAAUUGACAUCCUCAGGCACAACAUAAAUUAUGUCAUCUGGACACAAAAACUUGUGGCUAGAAAAUUAGGUACAUUUUGGUAAACUAUUUCUUUACUGAAUCAUGUCAUAACUUUUGAGGUGGUAAUUGCGCGGUAAAUCUAUUCAUAAUGAAUUUUAACUUUUUUACCGUUUCAGCCCCUUUAUUUCAACGAAAUUUCUUAUAAUAACUGUUUAGCCGCAACUUGACAUAGCAAGAUUCACCGGAGCUGCUACUUUUUUUGUAACAUCCCAAUUUUAGGACAAUAUGUAGUGGAUUUUAAGAUAUUCACUGUUUAUCCCCAGCAUUAAUGGUUGCUCCCUGACAGUAAUGAUUUUUAGUUUUGUAGUAGGAAAGUUUGGAAUCAGGAAAAUGCGUAAAUUACAUCAUAUGCACAAUUACAGUAGAAUAUUACCCAAUUUUAUCGAACUCUUGUGCUUCGGAAUCAACAGCACCCAAAAAUCUUUUUCUUGAUUUCAAUGCACCAGCACUAGUACUGACCAGGGAUAGUGACCAAGACUCCAGAUAAUGUCAGACUUUUGAAAAAAGUGUAUUUCAAAACUAGGAUAACCACGCAUUUUUUCAAGGACACUUAACGUGGUAUUUUCAAAACAUCAUAAUUCCUUUGUUAAGUAAGAAAUUAAAUAUCUUGCCCUUUUUUGAAUAAAGGAAGAAUGAAUUAAAAUCAUACUUCUGUUUUAUGCUAUUUGGGUGAAUGUGAAAUUUUUGUGAGCCUUGAACAAAACGCGUAAAUUUGACCUUCAAAAAGACGAUCAUGACAGCUUUGGACCGUCCAGGUGAAUCACCACCCAAUUUUUUUUUUAAAAAAGCACUGUGAGCCAAACAAAUUCGAUUUUUGUUGAUGGAAUGGGCUAAUUUUGUCGCAGAAAAAAUUGAAGGAAUUCUGUUUGCCACGGAAAUCUGAGUGGUCGGUUCUUACACGGACCGCCUCUUAACAGUUGACAUGUGGACAUUUCCAACAACAAUUUAAUGUCUUUCCUUUUUUGAUUUGAAGUGAUCCUGAAAAGGUCUGAUUUUAGUGAAUCUAAAAUCUGAUAAUAUUUAUUGUCUUUUAGCUCUCUAAUGUCACCUCUGUCAAAUCACCUACAACCUUCAGAAUUGUUUUUAUUUGUACUUGCCCUCAUUAUUUGUCUGUAUAUAUGAUAUCUGAUAGAAGUGCAACUUGAAGAACAUUGCACACAUGUCAGCUUUUUUCCUUAAUAGAAAUGGACCAUCAUGGGAUCAAAUAAUAUGUUUCUGGGAAACUGCCCACAUACCCCUUCCCUAAGCCAACAUUAAAGCUUACUUCUCACUUAGGGCAAAGUGUUGGCUUAAGGGAGGGUAUGUGGGCAGUUUCCCAGAAACGUAUAAUAAACAUUUAAUGACUGGUUCCGAGGAAAAGCAUUAAUUUUGUUUCCUGAGAUGGAGCUGAGGGAAACGUUGAGAUGUGAGGGAAACAAACUCAACUGUUUCCCGAGGGACCAGUCUUUAAGUGAUUUUUUAUAUGGCCCAUGAAGAACAAAAAACCUUUUUUGAGUACAGAUGUAUGAAAAUAAAUCUCCCAAACAGUCAACAUUCACGGGUAACAUUGCACUGUUGCCCUCUGACAUCAUGGAUUUUGCAUUGUUGCCUGCUCAGAGAUUUUGGCAGGAAACAGCUUCAUUGUUAGAUGUCAUUAGACAUCAAAGUAACCUAUGAGAGCAUGCACUGUUGAGAAAAAAUUUCCAGCUACAUAACAAAAACCAUUAUGCAGAUCAAGGAGGAUGUAACGUCUGAGUACCUCACAUCAAUUAUUAUUAUGUUCUAUUCAAUCUAAGCACCUUCCAAAUUUGGUUGACACCAGCUGGAUAUUAUAAUUAACAAUUAUUUACCGAAGUGGAUAUUUACCGAGGCGGCAAAGGGAAAUAUCCACCACUAGCCACCUCCAAUGUGGUGAAUAAUUGUUAAUUAUCAUAUCCAGCUGGUGUCAACCAAAUAGGUAACCUGAGGUGAAUAAUCGUUUUAGUAUAUACUGAAACAGUGAGAUAAUUGGGCACAAAGAUGAUGAUUUUUAACUCAUUUACUGGUGCCAACUAUUACAGUUUUGGCAUGCAAUGACCGAAUGGCUGCAGUCAUCGCUUUUUCUUGCCGACAAAUAAAACUUUUAAAGGCAUUUGUUUAGCUCUUGCAGGCAAAUUUCUUCAAAAGGAGUUGUGAAUUCUUUUUGUAUUGAAAAUCAUUCUGUAAAAAAGAUUAUUAAAUUUAGUUUUAAGCUUAUUUAUAAACAAGUCAACUAAACAAAGUAAUGCAAGACUUGAGCUUAAUUUGCAUUCGUAGACAAAAAACUUAUUCAGCAAAUUCAAAUUCAAUCAAUUCAGACAAAAAACAAAUUCAAGUCAAAAAGACAAAGGUUUACCUGUUAAAACUUCCAAAGCAAACUUCGUCACCUUCUUCGUGUAUUUCAGGAACAGCUUGCUUGAUUAGUUGUGAAAUUUCUUUGUUUGUUACAGCAGCAAACCGGAAAGGCAUUUUGCUCGCAACUUGCGCAAGUUUGGUGCUGCUUGCUCGGAGGAACUGGAGGUGAAUCAGUGAAUAGUGCAGGUUAUUCACUGAUUGAGUCGCCAAUCAGAGUGCACAAAAAUCACUAUCCACUGUUUUAGUACGUACUAAUAAGGUUUAGCUGGGAGAAAAAAUGUCAAGCAGAAACAGAAUAAUUAUUUUGAAUGAAUAGUGAUUUUAUUUCUUUCGUAGGUGUUGGUGGUGCGGCAAAAACACACAAGAGCAGUUUACAUGCAAUUGGCUCCAUUCUGCGACAGGAAGGCUUUCUAGGUGUCUAUAAUGGGUUAGUAUUUUAGGGGUGUGUUUGAUUGAUCAUAUUUUGGAAUAAUAAUAAUGCGGAAAGUUUUGUUGCAAAUCUCUAAUGUAGAAUGCUUUUUGGGCCGCAUGGUCUAUACUCUCAUUGACCUUGACUCUUGAUCAAUCGUUGCAUUUGCCCCCCAUGCAGAUGUUCUUAGGGCUUUGUAACUGCCGACCGGUUAGCUCAAUGGGAUAAGCGCCGGUCUGCUGAGCAGGAGGUUGCGGGUUCAAACCCCAGCCGGACCAACACUCAGAGUCUAAAUAACUGAGGAGAAAGUGCUGCCUUUGUAAUAACAUCUGCAAACGGUUAGACUUUCUAGUCUUCUGGCACAAGGACGAUAAACCGUACGCCCCAUCUUACAAGCCGUUGCACAAGUAAUAAAUCUGUAGGACGUUAAAGAACCCACACACUCUUCGUAAAGAGUAGGGCAUGUAGUGCCCACUGCAGUGAUCUAUCUCACUUUCAGACUCAUGUAUGGGGGCAUCAUUUCUCAUUCCUUCAUUACUUGUAAACUGCACCUUAAGCAGUCUGGCAAAGUCCCCCAACCAGUGUUGUAAAUUAUCCCUGAAAAGUCCUGGGGGGGUGGAUAAUAAGAUAUUUACAAUUUGUCAUGUGUUCCUUCCUCACAUGUAGGAUUACUUGAAGUUAUUGUAAAACACUGAUUGGCAGAGACACACUUGACCAUGGUAAUUUUUAACAUCUCCCUAUUACACUUCUGUUGCUUUUAGAUUAUCUGCUGGUCUUUUACGACAAGCAACCUAUACUACAACAAGACUUGGUGUCUUCACUUCACUAAUGGAACACUUUAAAAGGUAAAUGUUGUUAACAUUCAUAAUACACCAGUGUUUACUUCAAGAAAAGAUGGGGCAAGGUAAGGCAACUCACCUGCGUAUAUGGAUCAUACCAAAAUGGCUUCACCUUCUCUAAAGGCAAAGACUAGCCACAAAAAAAGAAAACUUACAGUAACAAAAAUUAAAUAAAAAUUUUCAUUCCAAGAAUGUUUUUUUUUGUUCCUAUGUUUUUGAAGUGUCUGGAGAUUUUUUGGUAUUUCCCCUAAUUCUUGAAAGUGAUUUCCUUUCUAGUUCUUGAAGAGGUUACUUUCCUCCCACUGGUGCUCACUUCACUGAAGUGUCGUAGCAGUGUAAAAUGCCUGCGCGCACGAACUACGGUUUAUAAAACUAUAUGUAUGGAUGAAAUAUGACCAAAAAAAAUCUUUAAACAUAAUCUUUUCUAAGCUUAUGUAUUGUCUAAUCAUUUAUUUUUAUAAAGUAUAUCACACAGCAGUACAUCAGAGUCUUUCGACUGAAUGUUCUACUUGUAAUCCUAAGAGACAUGUGUUAUAUUUGAAAGUAUGCAAUGUAUAUUGAAGAGUUGAGUAAAAUAGUUGAUAUAUUAACAAGUCAUCACUGUGGCUUAUGAUGAAGGUCUUCUUGUAGGAGUCUGUUUCGUAGACAGGAAUAUUAAAAACUUUCCUCAUCCUCAGCUACGUAUUAUGAGCCGACUUUGGCAGCAGCAAACUGUUUAGCCAGUUUUUGUCCCGCAAAAUAUUGCUACAAAGGUUUAAAUAUGGUAGUGUAGGGGGUGCUAGCCCUUUCUAAUGCUUCAUUCUACUUACUUAACCAUGCCUUUUCUUGCAACUUAUUAUUUUUUUGCCUAUCUUUCCAUUUUUACUUUACAUGCGAAUAAAAUGUACUUUUGCAUCCGGUAGCCCCUGGUUGUAUUCCAUUUUACAUCUUCAUUCCUUCAAAAUUUAUGAAGUCCUGAAAUUCUAGUAGAGUGCCUCUUUUAGUCUUAAUAUAUAUUAUCACCAACACAAAGCCAAGUCAGCCUAAAUGCAUAAGAUAUAGAAGAAUCGGCCCAAGGCUUUGCCAAUCGGUGGACCAGGAUAAAAUACGAGGUAUGCCCCAUCGGUACAGGAGGAGGGAGGGGUGAGAACUGCUAUCGAGGGUGCUGAAACCUAAACUUUACUACAACUGACUGAAUAAUCAAGCAGGCUACUCUUAAAACUGACAGACUAGGUCUGUAGGUAUGCCGUGUAUUCUCCCGGGCCAUGCUGAGAAAUGUGAGGAAGUGCAUUGAUACUAAUUUAGGCUUUGCGUGUGUCUUCUGUGGCAAGAAUAGUCUUUUAGUAACAUAUAGUUGACUUCAUUUCUGUUUGACUUGUACAGUGUUGCAUUUGUCCUUUUUUUCUCAUAUUUAGUCCUGAUGGAACUCCACCUUCUUUUCUUAUGAAAUGUGCUCUAGGUAAGUGCGUGUAUUCUCAUAUUGAAUAUUUUGUUAUAUUGAUUUAUUUAAGGUAUUUGUUUCAGGGCUGGUUUUUCUGAUUAUUUGUUGAAAACUUUUUGCUUGUAAUUCCAUUAAUCUAGGAUUAUUAGUUUCAGUCAAGCCAGGCCAAGUGUACCCCCAUUGGUUCUAUAAUGAACUGAUUAGUUUAAAAAGUAGAAUCCCGAUUAGUCAUUGUCUCGACUUGUCACUAUUCUUGCAUCCAUUUAGACUGAGUAGUGAUUUUAGACUUCAUUCUCCGGUCUGUAUUCAAAUAGAUAACAUUCUUAUGAAGGCUUUGAUAUUGAGUUCAAGAAGAAAGCUGAGCUAACAGAGAUUUUAACUACCUGCCCGUGUAAAUUCACUGCUCAGAAGAUAUGCAAAAGUGAUGAAAUGAAUCUGAUAUUGGCUUUUACCUAUCAGAUAUCAGAUUCAAUUUUCCAAUAGUAUGAUAAAUUUAUAGGUACAUGUAGUCUUGACCACACUUGACUGUAAUCAGCCAAGGGUGUCAUGAACACACAGAAUGAUCCUUUAAUCUAAUUAACUUCAGAUCUCCCAACCCCUGAAAAAGAAAAAUCUUAGUGAAAAAAAUUGGAAGAUUCUUUGAAAAGUAGUGAGAUUCCAUUUUUUUUUUCCUGAUCAAUAUAAAAUGAACCCUUUUUCUAUUGAGGGAAUUAAUUAGCUGUUUCUUUAAAAAUUAUCUUGCUUUUUUUAUAUUGGUGUUCCCUCUUAAUGGCCAAAAUGUUAGAUUAAGUGUCAUCAAAGCUUUAAGAGGCACUAGCCUUUCCCGCGAAAUUCGCAAGGUUUUUUCAACAAGGUUACAUUUUAUGUCAAACUGAUAUUUCCCAAAAAGCUGUGAGAUUGAGAGACUUGACAUGAGGCUGUGAGAAAAGUUAAAAAAUUGUGAGACUCACGGUAGAAUCGUGAGAGUUGGCAGGUCUGUAACUUAUAUCAAUGAUACCAUUGAUGCUGCCAUAAGUAACCACCUAAUACCAAGAUUUGGUCAUUUUUGUGGAGAUUAAGUAACUAUGAUGCUGUAGUUGUGGUAUUUUUGGUUAAGAGGUUACAUAUGGAGGUUUAACUGCACUUGCAUGUUGUUGUAUAAUGAGGCCCUCAUAGGGAGGGGGUGGGGGGCUAGUCAUCUACUAAUAUAUUGGACAUACAGUCAAACCCCAUUAAUACCAACACUGAGGGGACCAUAGAAAGUGUCUGUAUUAAAGGUAAAGGGCCUCCUUUCCCCAGGGACAAAGCAAACUCUCCAUAAUAAUGAGGUGUUCAUAUUAAGUGGGUGUCCAUAAAGCAAACUUUGACUAUAAUUUGUUUUAAAAUCCAAAUAUUUGUUUUCUUCAGGGAUGACUGCAGGAGCUGUAGGUUCAUUCAUAGGCACACCAGCAGAAAUUUCACUCAUAAGAAUGACAUCAGAUGGAAGGUAAAGACAUUUCUCCACUCCAGUAGUUGUACUGCUGUUUUAGCUGUAAACAGGGCUCUCAAAGCUCACACAUUGAAUUAAAACUCAUUGGACUUAGGGCAAACUUGUUCCCUAACACAGAAGCCAACAGAGUUUAUAUGCGAUCAGUGAUCUUCACAACACUGAAAUGAUUAAUCUUGUUAGUAGCCCUUAAAAGCUAAAAGAAAAGUCAGGGACCAGCAAUAUUUUAACAGAUCAGUGCAGGAAUGUCACUAAGAUUUCAAGUUCCCGGGUAAAUACAACAAGUAGGAGGGGAAUCAGACAGUUAGGAAUUUCUUUUGGUUAUAUUUUUCUUCUGUUUCCCUAUGAAAGUAGCCGGGGGCCACAUAUAUAGUAGCUGGGGCAAAACCACGGCCCCUGCCUCUUAAUGACAGCCCUAGCCUGCGUAGCAAGCGUUUCUGUGCGGUUUGGGAGUAAAGAACGAGGAACAAGAGUCAAAGACCGCGCGAAAAAUGGCGCAAGGAUCAGUGGCUUAGCUGAAGUGACAAGGAAAGCCACCAAUCUAAAUAUUGCUGAGUGUUCAAAAUAGCAGAAAAAGGGUUCAAUUUUUCAAAUUUACUGGGAAAGAGUGCCUCAAGACCCUUUUCAGCUAAAACAGUUUUCACAUGACUUGUAGCUAUCUCGGAAUCUCUCUCUUAAUACCUGUUUCAACAUGAGGACUGUGCGAGGAUAGCCUGCAGUGCAGGCGUAUUUUGGGUGGGCGAAACCUUGUUCGUGUACAUAAUAUUGUUGUAGCCGCCAUCUGUGAUUUUAUGACAGUGGAAGAUUGGGGAGAGUAGAAAUAGUGCAGGCGUUUUCUCUUCUCUCUUCUCGCCCCCUCCUCGCUCCCUUUGACUCGCCCCAUUUCCUCCUCUCUUCGGGAAGUUUCAACACGGCGCUUUCGCGAGCAAAUUGCGCGCUCAAAGAAAACGCCUGCACUGCAGGCUAGUGUGAGGACAGUGUGAGGACUGUACGAUAAAUGACUUAAAGAUGUUGUGAAGAUCACUAACCUUCAUCUCACCUCAAAAGAUUGACUGAAAGUGUGCUACCUGAAAUAUACCCGACGUAGCAUAGGUUUUUUCUCUGCGUGCAGCAGGAUGAAAGCUCUCUGGCACCCCGUUUUCAGAAGUGCCUCGCUCUAUCACUGUAGUAACCAAACACAUCCCUUCAUUUUAAACUGUUUAAUUUUGCUAUUUUUGCAAACCACACAAAUCUCAUCACUCAAAUAAGAAACCGCAGAGCACUGCGACACUGUAUUGAAACAUUGUUUUUGUAGGGAACUGAAAUUUCUAAAGGAAUGAUAUAUUUUCACAGGCUCCCUGUUGAACAACAGCGCAGAUAUACAAGUGUGUUUAAUGCAUUGUAUAGAAUUACAAAAGAAGAAGGACUAAUCACUCUCUGGAGGGUAAGGUUAUGCAGGAUCGCCGAAUUCACAAAAAACCAGUGAAAGCUGCAGAUAAAAUUAGUAUAGGUAAUAGCAUGAUUUGUGGUGAUAUUUGGCAUAAAUACCACGAGUGAUAUUUCAAAAUUGUUAUACGUAAUUUCACGAGCCGUUAGGCGAGUGAAAUUUGAGACAAUUUUGAAAUAUCACGAGUGGUAUUUAUGCCAAAUAUCACGUACAAAUCAUGCUAUUAUUUGUUUAUACUUCUUCCCACAAAAGGUUUGUAAUUUUCACAUAUAGGUAUUUCAAAUUAAGCUGAAAUACCACUGCUCUAAGCCAAUCAGAUUGCAGAAAUUUCUCAUGUAGUAGUAUAAUGAAUGUAAUAAGAUGCAUCGAGAACUGUCCAAAAGUAAAGAAACUUACAAGUUUAACAAAGUUGCAUGUUUUCAUUUAUAUGGUGGUUCUUUCCAGAGCUAGUGAAAAACGUUUGUACAUUACUGAAAAUAGAGACUGUUUUUACAUUUUCCCUCCUGGAGACUGCAGCUUUGUCUCUUUCUUUCUAAUGUUUAACAUUAUCAGUGAAGUGAAUUAAAGAUAGAGGCUUUAAAUGUGUACAUGUAUGUGCUUGUUUUGAAGUGUUGUUGCAGUAUUUUAAAGUACUGUAAUUUCAUACUGGCGUAUACAGGCACUGCUAGUGGAUGUUCCUUCCAAAAGGUCUUUUAACCCUUUAAGCCCUAAGAGUGAUCAACAUCAAAUUUCUCCUUGUAAUGUCAAUGCUUUGUAAAACAGAGUGGUCAUGAGAAUUAGGGACAUGAUCACACAAGAUGAAUUUACUUGAUAUUUUAUCAACUUCUCCCCACUACUUCUGUAGGAAAUGAGUAGGGGCAACAAAUGAGAAUUCAAAUCUUGAUCUUAGGGUUGAAAGGGUUAAACAGGCUAUGGAACGCUACUUUCUAUCUUUAUUAAAAAGGUAAAACUUGUCUUUUCAUCAAUUGAACCCCCCCACCCCCCCUUCCCCCCGAAACUGUUUCCUGUCGUCUGUUUCUACGGAUGCCGAGGAUGGACAUGCAUUGAAACUUGAAAAAAUUGGGCCAACAUUUUCAAGCUUAAAUGCUAUGCCUGCCAAGAUUAUCUCCAAAUUCCUAUGGUUCAUGCAACCUGAUGAAAUUUGUUUGACAUGCUUUUCUUGACUUAACAGAAGCAUUUUGUGUGUGGGUGAAAGCACUAAUUAAAAACUUCAGCACAGAAUUUACCUGAAACAUCAGUGUCCUUGUAACAUUAGAGAGUUUUAGAUCCGAGUUUACCGCGAACCUCUAACCGCUGGAGGUCACGUGACAAGUCUUUCGCUUCACGUUUGAGGUUUACGACGUGCGUUUUCAACGUGGGGAGAUAGGUUUUCACGUAUGUCAUUUACCUGAACACUUUUAGCGUAUAAUUCUUGUUUCAUCCCACGUAAUGAUACAAAAAUCUUGUGGAGCAAGUCUUUAUCCAUUAACAGAGGCACAAAUUCGGGCGAAAUGCUAAAUUUUAUAAAUCCUAUUGGAUCUUGAAAACAAGUGCCAUUCAUGGCUGCUGAUUCAAAAUGGCGGCCUUAAUUUAAUCCACCGCCAAUCUAAAUCGAAUUUUGUUUGACCGUCGAACCGCAGACGGGUAACCGCAAACCGCGGUUAGAGGUUUGCGGUAAACUCGGAUCUAAAACUCUCUAUUGCCUGUUUAAUGGUUUGUUUUCCUCUAUUAUUAGGGUUGUGGUCCAACUGUUACUCGAGCCAUUGUUGUUAAUGCUGCACAAUUAGCAACUUACUCUCAAGCCAAACAAGGCCUUCUUUCCACAGGUUAGUAAGAUUUAAGGUUUUUAUUGCCCCAUCUGAGGUAAUACAAAAUAUAUGUAAUGUUAUGUCAUGUCGUGGAUUAAAGGACAAGAAGACGCGCUCUUUUUACAUAUUAUCAUGUGAACAGUAAGCUCGGACUUCAGCAUAAAGAGUGUCACUGGCAGCCGCAUCAGUCCAUUUAUGAGCUUACUGUAACUCCCACGCCCCCCCAACAUCGUUGCCACCGGGGGAAUGUCCCCCACUCUUUUCGAACAGUAUUAGGGUUCUUUAACCUCCCCUUUAAUUUUGACUGAUGAAAGAAGAAUGAAUGAGACAAGGCCAAUGGCUUAACGUCGCCGCCUAAUGACGCCAUCAUUUUAACUGAGACAAGAUCUUAAAUCACAACCAGCAUUAUCUCACCAGUUUUUUAAAGACCCUGCUGUUGGUCCGGUCGGAGUUUGAACCCUCGACCUUCCACUCGGCAGACUGGUGCCCUCCCAACUGAGCUACGAGCAGCGGUUACGGAUUCCGGGAAGAUUUUUCUUGUGGAAUCCAGAAUCCAGGGGUUUGGAAUCCAUUUUUCAACUCAAGGAAUCAGAUUUCCCACUGGCAUAAAGGAAUUCGGAAUUCAGUUUUUUAAAUCUGGAAUCCACGGUAUGGAAUCCAGACAGGGGCACCCAACGUCAAUUUUCGGAAAAUAUCUGUUCGGAAGACGAUUUGAGGUAUAGAAUUUUCGGAACAUUUGUUGUAAAAUUACUUGCUUGCCUGCCUCUCCUAGGAGUUUCGAACAUCUAAAAAAUGGUAUAAUUACACAUUUUUAGCGGAUUUUUACCCUAAAAAGGUCACCUUGAAUUUUCGGGAGCCUUUUUUCUGGCUGAAAUUUUCGAAAAGGUAAGUUUUGAUCCUUAUAAUUUUCGGAUCACUAUACUUUCAGCUAGGAAAUCCGAACAGAUGAAAAAUUUUUAGGGGAUACAAAUGUCACCUUUAUCUACCGUUUAAAUACUCAAAAACGGUUAACAAUGCUAUGUUUAAGUAGCCUGAAUUUCAUCCGAUUACUUCGAGUCUUUAUUACUCCCUCAGUUGUUGAGAGGAGAAAACGACUCGAAACAAUCGGAUGAAUUUCAGGCUGAUGUUUAACUGGUUUUGAGCCAUAUUCUCGUUGGGUGCCCCUGUCCAGAAUCCAAGACUACCUUGGAUUGCCUUACUGGGGCGAGCCUUUUUUGUCACCGUUAGUUCCAUGUGUACAAUUUCUAUCUUUGUCUAUAGGCCGUUUAGUGACCAAGAUAAACAUUCGUUAUUAAACAAAUAGAUUCCAUUUUGUUGUGUGUCUGUUUCAUUACGUAUUUUUGUAUAAAUAUCUAAUGACUUUGGAAAGUCGUCCGUCGAUUUGUUCUUACCACAGUUUGAUGUCUUCUGUGAUGUACAUGUUAACUGAACAUAGGUCAACAGACAAUGGAAGAUUUGUUCCAUUUUUCAAGACAUUAAUACUGCUUUUUCUCUCGGUUUCUGCUUCUCUUUCUUCUAAAUAGUAAAUAAAAUAGCUUCCGCUAAACUUUUUUCACGACUGAUCACUGGCUAAAUCUGGAAUAAUUGGGUAAACAUUGUCAAAUCUGUGCGCGAUACUGGAGGGAAAAAAAGGAAAUGUUUUUCUACGACGUCAGCCGUGUGUUUGUAGUUUACUCUAACAGUUCAUAGAUUAUAACGAUGCAAAAUCAUUUUUGUACAAUAGAGAAAAUUAGUCAUUUACCAAAGGAAGAAAACAAAUUUUUAGCGUUUUUCGAGAGCCAACGUUCGAUAUAGUCUGAGUGAUAUGUAAAGUCUUGUUGAGAUGUCAUUUCUUUGUGUUUUCAGGUUACUUUAAGGAUGAUCUUUUGUGUCAUUUUGGUGCAAGUAUGAUCAGUGGUUUAGCGACAACUCUGGCAUCUAUGCCGGUAGAUAUUGCUAAAACUAGGUAUGUACGUGGACCGACAAGGCUCUUAUAACAUAACAAUUACCAUUAUUAAAAACUGAAUUAUUGGAUAAUGCAGUUCUAGAGCUCUGAUUGUCUUAGCCAUCAUCAUAUAUGAACCAUUAUUAAAAACUGAAUCAUUGGAUAAUGCAAUUCUAGCAUUUUGAUUGGCUUAGCCGUUAUGGUAUAUGAGCUAAUAUACCAUGUUCUCCAUAUAUGGUCGGUGUACGCGUCAGUUUAAAAUUGGAAGCUAGCUGAGAUUUUUUUUUUCGCGAAGGAUAGAACGGCGCUCGAAGCAAAUCGUUUUAAUUCAUUUCUUAGAAUACUAGAAAUGCAAUUUCAACGAAAAAAAAAGACAAAAACAAACAAAAAGCCACAAGAGCUUGUUUGAAAGUUUGUCGAAAAACAGAUGGAACUAAAGUACCUUGACCAGCUACGAAAGAAGACAAGUGUUGUUUCGUCAUGAUCAUGAAGCCAUUCGCCGAUCGAGUCACUCGCCGAUAGAUAACUGCAGCUUGUUUAUCCAACAUCAAGAAUAUUAAUCACAAGUAGCCAGCUACAAAUACAGGCUAUGCAGCCAUUCACUAGAGCAAUCGAGGCGGCAGUAUAGCUUCUUUCCUCGUUCAGCAAAACCAGCUUGUGGCUUCAAACAACUUCAUAACAAGCGACGAGGUAACACCGGUAGUUUUUCUCCGUUGUUCUUACUUUUAUAACUGCACCGAAAAUCCAAAUUCAUAGUAAUUUUGACGGCUGUCACUUAAAAAUUCCUUUCCUUCACAUUAUCUGCCAGGUUUUUUAAGCUGUUCUGCUGUGUAAAAUCCUAGAAUCACGAUGAGUUUUUAAAAAACUAAUGUUCAUCGCACAAUGUUUUGAUUUUUCAUUCAUGCAAUCUAGACGAGCCCGUUCGCGCGUUGACAGUUUUGAUAGACGUGUGACAUGUCAAUAGUGGAAGUCCCUAGUCUUUUCCGGUUUGUUCUAGUCGGGGCGAUUCAACGAGAUUUUGUGGGCGUUUUUAAUAAAACAAUUAUUCCACUCGGGCUUGUUGGAUAUGAAAUGAUUAUAGCCAACUCGGCGCUAUGCGCCUCGUUGGCUAUCUAUCAUCUCAUAUCCAACGCGCCCUCGUGGAAUAAUUGUUAAUUAUACGAUGCUUUCCAAAUAUGGUAACUGUACGCGUCUGCUCAAAAUUAAAAACAAGCUAAAAAUCGGUUGUUUUUAUAUUUCAAUAUAAAUAUUUUCAUAUCCAAAGCGCACUCCUGAAAUAAUUGUUAAUUAUGCGUUCAGUCAUAAUUUGUCUUUUUUAUAAGACGUGCAAUGAACUGAACGUUAAAGAGACCUAUUUGGAGCCCCUAAAUCCUGCGUUUUGAAGACUGGGUCAAUUCUGAGGUAAUAUCAUGACGAUGUACCUCCAGAGUUACCUAUAUCAGUUAUACCUAUAUUAGUUUUAUUUAUACCGUACCUAGUGAAGACAAGUCGGUCAAGUUACCCAAUCAAAGCAAAUACCGCUUGCUUCCUGUUUCUAAAUCUUGCUAAAAAUAGGUGAAAGAAUAAGCAAUUAAAACUAAGUAAAAUGUUAUUAAAAAUUUCAUUUUUCAUCUAUUGCUAUGUGCACAGUGACCAAAUAAGCCGAUGCUCUGCCAGCAGUGUGCGGUGCGGUUUGUUCUGUAAUGUAAAGAGAACUAUAUCACCCUGAAAGCAAAGCCUUAUUUUUUCUACCUGACGCCAAAAUCGAGGAAGUGAAGGAAAGUCUUUGCUAGCAGGUGGAUCUGUAUUACCAUGAACUGUUUUCUCUUUCUCUUAUUAGGAUUCAGAAUAUGAAGAUUAUUGACGGAAAACCCGAAUAUCGAGGAGCAGUGGUAAGAUUUCAUUUACAGAUCAUAUUGACCAUACUCUAUGGUUAUUUCUUGUUUUGCGGGGUACAUAUCGCAACCUCUGUGAUCUUCGGCGUCUUUAUGGUCCGCGUUUUCGUUUUCAGUGGGCUUAAGUUGUUUCGUUUUCAGCCUGAAGUGGUUUAUUUCAUUGUUGAAAAAAAGAAUUGUUCUAUGAACAUUGAAAGAUAACGCCACGUAGGGCGGAUUUAAUUGAUCAAGAAAGUGAAUUGUGCAGUUUAAAUUAUGUACAGGAAAGGGAGAUUUUUUCAAUUACGAAGUUGUGAAUGACGUCGAAAUCAUAAUUCACCUUUAAGUUCUUUGUAAUAUUUGUGUCUCGCGGCGAAGUAAUUAAAAUCUUCAGCUAAAUAGUAGUCUUGAGCUAAAUAUUUUUAAACGUGUAACUUAAAUUUACCUUUAAAUCUUUUUUGUCAUAACUAAGGUAACAGCUUUCAUUAAUUCCGCGCUGCGCAAUAUUAUAUGAACUCGAGCGAUUGAUUUUUCUAGAACCAAAACUUCUCCGCUAAAACAAUUGUUGUUCAUUGUUCAUUAGAAAAUGUUUGUAUUGGCUAUUUAUCGGUUGCUUAUGAGACUGGGUUGAUAUUCUGUCGGACUGAUCGAUGGGACUCUUUUAAGACGCUUAGCCUGCGUAGAAGGCGUUUUCGUGCGGUUGCGGAGCAAAGGACGAGGAACGAGAGUCAAAGCCCGAGCGAAAAAUUGCGUGAGUAGAGGAGCGGGAAGGGGUUGGGGCAAGCUAUGGAAAGCUAGUAGCCUGCACAGCAACUGUUGUUGGGUGCGUUCGGGCAGGCCAUGGGAAAAGAGCGCGAAGCGCGAGACACGCGAGAUGAGGGAAAAAAUGCCUUCCUCUCGCGUGUCUUGCGCUUCGCAUCCGCGCUGUAAAACUCGCCUGCAACGAACGCCCCCAGUGUAGACCAAUAACAGCUAGGCCCGGUUGUUCGAAGGCCGAUUAGCGCAAACCCGGGGUUAAAUUUAAAUUCGGGUUACUUUAUCGUUUUUUCAAAAGCAUUUUCUCGGAUAAUUUUCUCUAUUCUUUUUAGUUCGUCCAAUUACCAAACUGUGGACAAAAAGAAUUAAACUGAAUUUUCUUUUUAAGGUUAACAGCUUAGUGAGAAACUUCAAAAACUUCAAAAUCGUGCUAUCAGAGUUAUCACUAAAUCUAGCUAUGAUGCGGGCUCCAGAUAUCUUCUAACUCGCUUGGUCGGGACAAUUUAUUGGUUAGAAGGGCUAAACAAAAGGCUAAUUUAAUAAACAAGUGCAUUAAUAAUCUCGCCUCAGCUUAUCUCUGUAAUUUGUUUGCCCCAAGAACACGAAUUACUAUUUUCGCAACGCCAAGAAAAAAUUAAUGCUCCCAAAACCAAGAACUGAUUACCUAAAGCGUAGCUUUAGCCACAGUGGCUCUCUUCUGUGGAACAAUCUUCCUGAGAAAAUACGUACAUCAAAUUCCUUAGGUCUCUUUAAGAGAAGUUCCCAUAGAUGGGUUUCUGAUCAGUACUCCCACACGGCAAUUAUGGAAAAACAUAUCUGAAUUCAAAUUUCACACUAACCCUGGGUUACCGUAACCUAGCUUGGAACAACCGGGCCCUCUUGUACAGGCUAGGACGCUAGCGAUUCUUUUAUUAGCUAGAAUGAGUAUAAAUACUAAAUUCGGGGACCCAAUCGCAAGUUACAACCUCAAAAUAGCCUAUUUGCGGGCGACAAGAGGAGCCCGCAGUUCUAAUCUAGCGCUAACCUGGAGUUAAAUUUUAACUCGGGUGUCUUUUUCUUUUUAUCAAAAGCACUCUCGGAUAAUUUUUAGAGUAUCCAAUCAUCAAAUUGUAGGCAAAGUGAAUUAAACUGAAUUUGCUUUUUAAGCUCUCAUAACUGAGUUCAAGUUUCGCACUAACCAUGUGUUAUUUUAACCCAGCUUUAAACAACCCGGCCCAGGUUGUUAUUACGCAUGUAUGUAGCCAGCAUUCGUUUGAACUUCCACUAAGAAUGAAUUGAAUGCACUGAACACAAUAUGAUCACGUGCGUUUGGACCUUCUAGCACUCACAAUUUGAUCACGGGUGUUUUGACCAUCUAUCAGGUGAAACUUACGCAAAGCACAGCGAUGGAGCAAAACUGUUUUGACCUUCGAUCGUUGUCGCCCGCACUCUGUAGCCUUUGGUUAUUACAAGUUAUACGAAGAAUAGUUUGUCUGUUCCUUCGAAAAGAAAGUCAAACAAACACACAAAAUGACUCGUAUUUACGGAAGUUUUCUCCUUCCCCGGAACCUCUACGACCUGUUCAAGUCGUAACAGUAAGAUUGAAGUGGCAUCAGUGGUACGAGUUGUAAAACAAUGCUUACCAUUAUUUGUGCGAUUGGUUCUAGUAGUGAAUGUGAUACGCUUUAUUGAAAUAAAUUGAAGUUGAUCACUUGGUAGCCUCCCACGCAGACGUGACAUUCUUUUGGUUCGUCACGCAAUCCUCGUACGGGUGAGGAAGCCCUAAGAACGUCUGCGUGGAAGGCUGAUCAGUUAGCUGCAGCAUCUCAUUAGUGUAGAGAGGGAGCCUUUCAUGUGCUACGACUUACACGAGUGGUAGCCUGCCAGCAAGCUCUCCAUUUGCGGGAGUGCGAUAAGUCACGUGGGAGCAGCACGCGAAAGGAGACGCGAGAACGGAAGGGCCCUCGCGGCUUGCUUCGCUCGCCUUUCAUGGAGAGCUUGCUAGCAGGCUGCACGAGUUGUAUAAUGAACAUCUCACAAGUCCACAGAAGGGGCCUUAAUUUCACUGAGAUUGAUCCCAUUGACCUUCUCUCACGACUUGUACCACUGGCACAAGUUGCAGCACUCGAAUCACGACUUUCACGACUUGAACAAGCGGUUGGUAUUGGACAGAGGGGAGGGGAGGGUGGGGUACUCCCUCAUGACUUAAUCACGGUUUGUGUCCAUUUUUGUUUCCAGGACGUGUUUCUAAGAGUGAUUCGUCAGGAAGGGGUGUUUGCAUUAUGGAAAGGCUUCACACCUUACUAUUUUCGCAUUGGGCCACACACCGUUCUCACAUUUGUAUUCCUUGAACAAUUUCAAAGGCUGGCUAGACAACACUUUGGCGCCACUUCCACUCUUUAGACACACACCAGUAUUGGAAUGAUAAAAAUGUUUUAGAAAAUGUUUGUUAUAGUGGGUCAAUGGAUUGGUUUGGAAAAAAUGAUCGGGGCGAAGUCUUUACAAAUCGGAAGCGUUCCUUGAAACAGCAUAAGAUUCUAACGAAACUCCCCACCUAACCCUCCCCUAAUCCAACUUUUUGUCCUAAGUGAGAGGUUUGUGUUUACGUUGGGUUAGGGGAGGGGUAGGCGGGGCGUUUUCCCAGAAUCUUAUCUGUUCCUGUCAUGAGCAAACUAGUCUAACACGCAGGCUCUUUUGUGUCGUCACUCAAAGGAGAGUUACGUGACAAGAAAAAAAAACGUCUGUGUUAGAGACAAUGGAAACAAUUGUCCUCUUUAAAGCUAUGGACUCACUGAUUAAUUGAGGCUGUAAAUGUUGGACCUUGAAACAACCUUUUCAAACUUCUGAAAGUGCUUUGAAACAAGUUUGCAUGGCAGCGGAGAAUAAGUUAACAGUUGAAAAUGUUCCUUUUCUCUUCGAACAUGUGAGGAGUUGAUAAACGUGAUAACCUGAACUGUAACUUUUGCCUUUUGAUAUAAUACUGAGUUAAAAGUGAGGAAAGUCGACUUGAUAAAUUACUGGUUACUUGGAUUAACAUUGUGAGAUUAAAUAUCUACCUCGGCAGUUUAUAUUUGAUCUUAAUUUACAAACACCCAGGGCUAUUUAUAAAGAUGAUUGUAAAGAUAAGUGUAACUUAAAAAAAUGUAUUAAGGGUCAGUUCUAUCAUAUUUGAAACUCCUGUAUUUUAUCAGAAUGUAAUCAUGAAAAGCUUUCAUCUGGUCAAAGUGCUUGUUUUUUUUUCGUUAACUGGUUAAUAUAUUUGUUGUGAAAGUGAAAUCCUGUCUUUGUUGUAAAAAUGGUACAAAUAAACCUAUGGAAGGUAAAAAAAAUCGACUUGUUUAACUGCACAG